UGUGCUUCCGGUUCAGGACCUACCCCAUCUGUUACACACUGCCACUUGUAUGUUUAUUGCAAACCCCAACCCCAGAACUAUUUCACCCACAACAGGACAUCUUGAAAAAGGCGGUCAAAAAUUGCUAAGACGCGGUCGCUCAAGCUGGCCCCACAAUGGCCGCGGCCGGACCCAGGCUUCAGGCUUCAGGCUUCAGGUGUCGGAUCGGGGCACUCUAACAUUUCUGUUAACCGUCAUCUCAUUAAUAAGCUUCAAAUCCACCGUCCCGUUUCAAUUUUCGUCGAAAAACAACGAUAUCGGUUAUUAUUUUACAUUCUCUGCCCGGGAGCCGAGAGUGAGUGCCGGCAUGUUGGUAGCGCCUGCCUGCCGCAGCGGCGGCGUCGCUGUCGUGUUUCAACUUGGAAAGUGUACGUACAAUCGUUAGCCGAAAUGGUUGUCCCCUACUCUGAUUCGGCAUUAAUCGAUGCAGUCCGAAGGAGACCUGUAAUAUGGGACCACACGAUGAAAAAUCAUCACAAGAAGGGCGUGGUGAACAAAAGCUUGGGUGGAAGUGGCCGCUGAGUUUGGAACUGACGGUGAAUUUUGCAAAAGCAACUUUCAAAGGCUGAGGAGAAACAGGGCUCAGAACAAAAGAAGGAAGGGGGAUAAAUGUGUCAGCGGAGCUGGCGGAGGCGAAGAAGCCAUCAACUUUGGUGCCGACGAGAUGGCAUUCCUGGACGAGAUCGGCAAGGACAUGUCCCGUGUCAGGAUCUCGAACGUCAAUGUGCGUAGAGGAUCUCAGCGGGAGGCGGCCCCUCAAUUUCCCGACCCGCACGACAAUCCUGCCGCUCUCGGUGCGAACGGCGAGGUCCAGGAUCCCGUCAGCAUUCGCUUUGCCAACGCCCCGCAGCCAUCGGCUGAUUGCUGUGCUGACAUAGCCCUAUUCAACGAAAGGCGCGCAGCAGAAGCAGACCAGCGGCCUCCGCCUUUGUCGCCGACCCCUGCAGGCCACGGCGGGCCCCUCGAUCGGCCCCUCGAUCUAUCACCAGCUACCAGAGGUCGCAUCCAUCUGUGGACGCGGUCGCCGACCACUGCAGCCCUGCUGUCGCCGACCUCUGCAAGCCGCCACGGGCCCCGCAAUUUAACCCCACGCAGUAAUACUUCACGAGGCCUGCUGGGCUCGCCGUUCGCCGCGUCCUCACCAUUGGCCGCCACUACACACCCUGCGUCGCCUGGCAUUGGUAAACGUAAGCCCCGCCGCGACGUCCGCCCACCACCAAGAUAUUCCCCGUCACCCCCCGGCAGGCGUCGCAACACUUCCAACGACUCCAUUGCGAGUGGGCGUUCAUUCGUGAGUGCGUCAUCGAGGGCCUCCGCCAGGAGCGGCAGACGCCGCCGCCAGGCCGAGAUCUCAUUCCAAUCUACUGACAUGCUGCAUACUAUUCAUGAGGAUGAAACUGUGGUCGGGGACAACGCCAACGUGUCUCGCCACUCUGAGUCUCAGCCUGCGACAGCGCCAGGCGGCCAGGCGGGGCAAGUGGUCGUGCAAGCCCUAGUGCACGACGGAGCGAGCAGCAGGGAAAGCGAUGGACUUCCCCACGUGAAUAGCAUGGAGUUGCCGCGCGGCCCCCGGGCCGGGCGGACUCACAUCCGGACUCCUUCCCCUCCCCCUCCCCGCCGCGGGCCCCGUCCACGGGUCCACUUCUCGCCUGUCAUUCAGGAGGCACCGUCGGACCUGCCGGAAAAUGUCUCGCCUGCGCGUGGACGCGGUCAACGCCGUCGUCGAGGGCAAGGGCAAGGGCUGUCUCGCGCUGCAGAGCGACAAGCCAGAGCUGCGGAGGCAGAACGCGAACGGAGACAGCUGCAGCUUUUCCAUGAGGAACGAAGGGCAGGCCUUCGGGACAACAUUCGGGCUCAGCAAGCAGCGUUAGCCAGGGAAAGGCCCAAUGUCCAACAACAUGAUCAGGGUCCAGUGCCAGCCGAGGGUGCCGAAACUGCCAUGCUGCGUCAAUUCCUCACCGAAAAGGACCUAGAUGUGUAUGGGGCCUGGGGCCAGACAAUGGCCUGCCUCCUGCGCGGAAUAAGGGCGCCCGUCAGUGGUAAGCUGAUGGUGGAAGUUCAUGCUCACAUCAACAAAAUAGUUCAAUUAGAUGAUGAGGCGGCAGAUGAGUACCUAGCAGAAGGUUACAACUUCGAUUGAGAUUCCAUCUACUUUGACUAAGAUCUUCCAUUCA